CUUUCAGAGGCAGAACAAAUGUAUCGAAUCGGACUAAAACAUCAGCCGACGAAUGCCGCGCUUCUCUACAACCUGGGUGUUGUUUUGCUGGAAACGAAUCGAACAGAAGAGGCCUACCUAAACUUCCACAAGGCCCUGUUCUACGAGCCUGGUCACGAGCAAACUAAGUUUGUUCUGGCCACUUCCUAUGCCGAUACUUCCGACCCACAGCUCCGCGAGAAGGCUCGACUCUUCGGCUUCGAGCCGGUACGCGUCCACUUCGGACUGGCAUUGCUCUACUCGGACGUCGCAGACUUCGAAGCAGCUAUUCAGCAUUACAAUGCGGUUCUGGAGCAUGACCCCACACACCGCAGCUCACUCUUCAAUAUGGCCCUCAUGUACAACAAUGAGUUGCACCAGCCCCUAGCAGCCAUUCCGCUGCUGAAGCAGCUGAUCGAGAUUCAUCCCUCGCACACUAAAUCGUAUCUUCUGCUCGGCGAUAUUGAACUGUCCGUCAGAAAGAACCCUACAGAAGCUCAGCGAAAUUUAAUUGCUGUGCUCGGUAAAGAUCAGUUCAAGGUCUGUAAGCGCAUAUUAAAAUUUCAUGUACAGUGGAGCCUCGGUAGACAAGCAGUUGCAUCUACGAGCAUUUCGGGUAAAGAGCGAGCCACUCGCAGAAAAUGUGUUUCGCUUGACUAG